AUGCAUUUACCAGAAGAUACAAUUUGUCGCGUUUGUAAAGCUGUUUUUUGUUGCUCUAAGUGCUGUCAUAAACAUGAGAUAAAAAAUCACGCAAUUGUUGUUCGGGUACCAGCUAUGAUUAACAAUAACAACGAAAACUACGAUAAACAUGGUGCUGCUAUUCAGGAAAAACCUCCACCCUAUGAAGAAAUCUAUUUGUUUUGUCCGAUUUGUGAAAAGCGUCCAUUGCCAUUGCAAAGUGAAAUAUAUGCGGAAAUGUUAAUCCAUCUGGAAACCCAUCAUUUGCCAUUGCGCUGCGAGAAAUGUGCAAAAAUGUACUAUAACAUUGAAGAUCUCAAGGAGUUCACCAAAUGUAUGCGUCCCAAUGAAUUAUGCCAUUCGGCGGAAUCGACUGCUGCUAAUCAAUCAUGCUACACCGAUGAAGCUUCAAAGGUAACCGUUACUAAAGCUGGUCUUCAGUCUACCCAAAUAUCUCCAAUGCGUCGUCAUGACUUCAAUGACAGUCACAUGACACCGAUAUCGAUCAUCAAUAUGCGUUGGAAGGCCAAAAGUAAAGCGCAUGAGGAAUUUAUUAGUGAUAGUGUUUCGUCCAUUAAGAAUAUAUCAUCGAUAAGUAAUUCCUCAAUACGACGUAGUGUUGGUGUUGCUUCGGCAGUAAAGGGUAAAAUUAUUCGCUCCACAUCAACACCUGUCCAUCUGGAAAUGGUCUUUGCCAAGCCGAAAGAGCAGACAUUCAAUGCUACAGGUGCGGGACAUAUGUCGAGCAUUUAUAAUAGUGAUUCGGAUAUAAGCCCCGCAUUGCCGCAACCAAGCAGUCAAGCUCUUGAACCCCUUAAUCGUUAUCGUAAAGUUGGCAGUGGACGACCUAGAAUGUCUGCUGUAACCCCCCUGCGACAGGUCAUGUCGAAAAGUAUACAAAAAGCCUUUGCCGAGCAUGGCCUACCGGCUUCGACUGCCGUUCGAGGCUCGGCAGCUGCCUUUCAACGUAAGAAAAUGUUUGAUACCACAUCAUCGCCAGGAUUAGAUGGCACUUGCGGAGGUGGUGCUAUGAUGCCACAAUCACCGGCACCACCACCACUUGAUUUACGCCUUUCGCCGGCGGUACGACGUAGAAAUAGCGAAUCAGAAGAUUCUAUACACUAUCAGCAUGCUGCUGCCGAUGAAGAUCGCAUGCAUCGUAAUGAUUUACCCAAUAUGAGACGUAAAAUUCUAUUGUCAGCACAAAAGCUAACCACCGAAUCGAUUGUCAUCACACGCACCGAACACAUGUCUAGCGUUUCUUCGGCCUCCUCGUCGUCGGGCACCAGCUCCAAUGGCAGUAUAAAUUCCAUCAAACCUCACACCUCUUCUAGUUCCAGUUCGAAUUCAUACCAUUCGGCUGGAUCGAAUAGCUCAAGUGGUUCAGUAUUCAAAUCCUGCCGCAGUGUUGAAAUAAUAACUGCCACAACCGAACAAAUACAAGCAAUACAAUCGGUGGAUGAGGAGAAUGUCAUUAGCAAUCCCCUACCACCAAUCACACCGAUUACUCGGAUUCCCGGUGCCGUCAUACACAAGAAACUAAUUAAAUUUGAAACUCCGAAAUUGGAGUCGCGUGAAUCCCGUGAUUCUCAAAAUUCACCAUGUGAUGUGUUCUUUACGCCCAAUGCCACACCCAUACGAAAAUCUUCUUUAACUCGUGAUCGAGAUGGCAGCUCUCCGGAAAUGUGUAAUCGUAAACGUUUAAUUCCACAAAAUCUUAAUGGUCGUUUUUCGCCACCCAUUCGUAAACCUACAUCCCUUAAAGAUUGUGCCCACAGCACGGCAUUUAGUCGCAUUGAAAAUUUAACCGAUACCUUCGAUGCCAAUGAUGAUGAUAUUGAGGAUGAGGUAUUUAUUGCCGAUGAGCCGGUGGUAAAACAAAAACAAAGUAGCCACCAAAUUCCAGAUGAUAUCAAGAAUAAACAAAAUCAAUCGGGUAUUUGGUCAAUAAUGAGUUCGGUUAUGCGUUUACCUUCACGCAAAGGCUCCAAUCCGUCGAAAUGUUCACCAAACAAUGAAUCCUCAAUGCUGGCCACCACCGAUGCAAAUUCCAAUUCAAUUAUUAAACGAUGUGCUUCUAUAGCAGGUUCCUUGGUCCGCUCUAAGCCAUUGGUUGAUGAAAAUGAAUUAAGUUCUUUGAAGCGUAAACGCACCUUUACAACCAGCGAACAAUCAACCUCGGCCUAUUUGGCACAACUGCAUAAUUCUGAGGCCACAUCGCCAACAGAAAGUUUUAAUACUUCUUCGAAACGUUUUCGUAUUCAACCUCGCCGUCCCAUCGAUCGUAUGCGUAUGAAUAGUUAA